AACGGGGCAAGGUUCAGCUGCUGAAAUAGCACAACCUUCAAUCGAAAAUACUGAACGCCGAAUGAUUGUCCACCCAAGCAUUGUGCGAGAUAGGAAACCCAGCAAAUACACUGUGUCCCCUUUCAUGCCAAAUUACAGCUCAGCAGGAUCUUCUGCAAGGUCUUCUGUCCCUAUCAAAUUUGAAAAGAAGCACCUCUUUGUAGAACAUCGAAUAAAUGCCCCUGCGGACACGGCGUAUUUUCAAGAAUAUGAAAUUUGGCUCAAGAAGGGUCUGUUAUUAAGGCAUGAUAAAAAAAGAGACAAGGAAAACCACUAUAGAAAAAACAAGGAAUUAGUGGAUCCUGAAGACGCCGAUAUGUCACUCAAGUUAGGCGUCACACUUGUUAAAGACAAAAACUGGUUCUACUUGUUAUCAAUGGAAGGGAGACUUUGGAAUGAUGAGGGCAAGUGACAAGUGUCAGAAAGAGAAGAGAAAGACGAUUAAUGGAGAUGAUUUGGUAUGGGCACUGACCACGUUAGGAUUUGAGGACUACAUUGAGCCACUAAAGGCCUAUUUGGUUAGGUACAGAGAGAUGGAGGGAGACACCAAGGGAUCUGCUAGGGGUGGAGAUACGUCUGCUAGAAAAGAUAUAGUUGGAGGUCAACUUGGUUCCAGUACGCAGUUUGUCUAUGAUGGGUCUUUUACACAAGGAUUAGACUAUGGGAACUCCCAAAUGUGAAAUUCUGAAAUAACAAUGGUACAGAUGCAAGUAUCUUCUGUCUUCUGAUUUUGGCGAUCUAUGUACCAAACCGUUCAAUGGUUAUGCUGAUAUGUGGCUCUACGAACCGAAAGUAUCCUGCCAUUCUUGAAUUAAGACAUCCAAACACUUUGUUUUCUGAACUUUUCUUUAAGUACUUUAUGUAAAUGCUAUUUGGCUUUUAUUGUUAUGACCUGAUAACAAUCUUCUUAUUCUGCUAAUUCACUAGUUCUAGGAUUGAGUGACCUUAGCUUUUUGUAUGAUGUUAAUUUUUAAAGAUAUUGCUUUUGGAAGUUAGCAUAA